CGCCAUGGCGUCCGCGCUGCCCCGAUUGCUCCGCGCGGGUGCGCGGCCCGGCAGGCGCUGGCCCGGAUGGCUGCAGACGGCCGGCCCCGGCAGGACGCUCGCGGGCAUCCCGGCCCCCGCGGCCAGCGAGCCCGAGGACAGCGAGACCCACCGCAAGAUCCUGGAGGAGCCCCUCAGACACUCUGACUUCUUCAACGUCAAGGAGCUGUUUUCAGUGAAAAGCCUCUUCGAUGCCCGCGUGCACCUGGGACACAAAGCUGGCUGUCGGCACAGGUUUAUGGAGCCCUACAUCUUCGGGAGCCGCCUGGACCAGGACAUCAUCGACCUGGAACAGACAGCUUCGCACCUCCAGCUAGCCUUGAAUUUUACUGCCCACGUGGCCUACCGAAAGGGCAUCAUUCUGUUCGUGAGCCGCAACCGGCAGUUCACACACCUGAUCGAGAACACAGCCCGGGACUGCGGCGAGUAUGCCCACACCCGCUACUUCAAGGGUGGCCUGCUGACCAAUGCCCCGCUCCUCUUCGGCCCCACGGUCCGCCUGCCUGACCUCAUCAUCUUCCUGCACACACUCAACAACGUCUUCGAGCCCCACGUGGCUGUAAGGGACGCAGCCAAGAUGAACAUCCCCACAGUCGGUGUUGUCGACACCAACUGCAACCCCUGCCUCAUCACCUACCCCGUGCCUGGCAACGACGACUCCCCACCGUCUGUCCAGCUCUUCUGCAGGCUCUUCCGCACGGUCAUUACCCGGGCCAAGGAGAAACGGCGGCAGGUGGAGGCCCUGCAUCGAUUGCAGAGCCCCAAGCGGGCAGAGGGCCACGGGGCAGCUGACUCUCCUCCCAGAGUGGAUGUGAGCCAUUCCCUGUGACAGGCCACGAUCCUCAUCCCGAGUGACCAUGAGACCUGGUCUGAGCUGGAAGUCCCUUGCAUUCUCCGUCCUAGGCUCUUGUUAGUAACAGCACUCAAUAGCCCCAACCAUCCCCGGGCUGAGACUUGGCUGCAUCUUCGUGGGGCAGACAUGCAGGGCAGACCGCAUGUCCCCAGUGGCCUGGUUAGGACCUGAAGCUGAUACCUUGACUGCUGGAAAACCAGGUUCUCCCUGGCCCCUGAGAAGUCCUGGCUUCCACCUUGACACGGGGUGUCAGGAAGGUUCAGAGACCAGUUCAGUUCUCAAUCAGAAUCCCCCUGGUGGGCUGCUUUCCCUGGCAGCCUGGCUUCAGGGGCCAUUUUGCACUGUGAUGUGGCACAAGUCCCUGGGAAGUUCUGCCUGGGACAGGCUGAGCAUAGCAGCUGGCAGCAAAAAUAAAGUUACGUUUGAGCAGAACGUGA